CACGUGUGUGUGUGUUUGUGUGUUUGUGUGUGUGCGCGCGCGUGUGUGUGUGAUCAUUUUGCCGCUGGGAGCCACAGGUGUGCAGCAAGAGUGCGCGCGUGUGUGUGUGUGCGUUUACUGUGUAACGUGACAGUGGAGUGGACACGGUCUCGCCCCGUGUUUUCCUGCUGCUGCUGCUGCUGCUGGACUGGACUGAGCGCGUGCCGCGUGUCCGGGCUGUCACCACUUCAGGGGCAAAGGUUCACUGGACCGAGCGAACGCUUUCAAGUCCGAUUCUUGCCGAGGGACACGCACGGGGGAUCAGGAGGGAGAGCUGGCUGCGCAUUUGUCAGGAGGUGCCUUCGGUGGCCUCCCGCUGUGAACUCGGCACUUCCCGCUCUGAAACCUUCUCUGAAGCCCGCCGGGAGGUCUGGAGGAACCUUUGAAGGCCACAGAUUUGAAGUUGGACUGCAGGCAGGCUGAGGGAGAUGAAGACAUGUGCCGUGUUCCUGGCAGCUCUGCUGCUCCCCAUCAUCCACGCAGUGUGUCCAGAUAAGGAGCCAGGACUGCGUCCAUGGAUGCCAGGACACCAUGAAGACCACCGCGUGACGAUUGGCUACGGCAGGAAGGUUCUCCUCACCACCUCAGCCACCGUCCACUCCAUUGAGAUUCUCAACGGCGGAAAGCUGGUGAUUGCUGACACCAGCCGGCCCAUUCUGCUCCGAACAAAGCACAUCCUGAUUGGGAACAAGGGCGAGCUACACAUCGGCAGCCCCGACUGUCCUUAUCGAGGAAACCUCACCAUCUCUUUGUUUGGAAGACUGGACGACAGUGAUCAGGAACACAGCUACUUUGGGAAGAAGUACAUUGGCGUGGGAACUGGUGGGACACUCGAGAUCCACGGGAAACCCAAGCUGUCGUGGACGCUGCUCAACAAAACCCUGCACCCGGGAGAGAGCGACCAAAACAACUACCUGUUUCAGAGAAGCUGGGGGAACCGGGGCAUCAUCGUCCACGUCGUCGACCCAAAGACGGGCGACGUGCUGCACGACGACAGGUUUGACACGUACCGCAGUAAGGACGAGAGCCGGCGUCUCGCCAAGUAUGUGGACGGUGUACAAGUCGGACUCAUAAUGGCUGUGAUGGUCAACGACGAAGGGUCCAACAACCUGGAGGACUCGGCCAAGAAGAGUCUGUUCAGACUGGGCAGUCAGCACAUCACCACUCUGGGAUUUAGGCAUCCCUGGACGUUUAUAGUGACAAAAGGUGACACUUCCUCAGCUGUGGAGGAUCACGCUGUCUAUCAAGGGACCAAGGCUUCUUCAGAGGCUCGGAGUUCACGUGUUUUUAAGACCAGUUAUGGAGAUCAUUUCACCAUCACUGCCAACAGCCAGUGGGUCCAAGAGGCAGAGUGGACUGAGUGGUUUGACAGAGAUGACGAGAGAGGAUCUGGAGACUGGGAGAAACUGUCUGACCUGCACGAGGCCUAUCCAGACCGACUGUGUGGCAGUCCGCUGGACAUACAGGCUGAGACCCAUGACGGCAUACCGUGGAACCAGACUGGCGACGUGAUCCACAAGAACGACAAGGAGUACGGCUUCGUCUGCCUGAACAAGGACCAGGCUCACGGCCUGUGUCACAACUACAGAGUCCGCUUCCUCUGCGGAAAACUGGUUCGUCCACAGGCGUCCCUGUCCAUCGACAUGACGUCCAACAGCAGCAUCCUGGAGCUCGAUGACCGACCGGAGGGCUGGGGCCCGGGUGAUCAGGUGGUGGUGGCCAGUACCGACUUCUCCAUGCACCAGGCUGAAGAGUUCACGUUGUUGCCCUGCCCUACUUGCUCAUCCAAUCAGGUCAAGGUCCAAGGUAAGGCCCAGUUUGUCCACAUGGGCGAGGAGGUGGACGGCGUGGACAUGAGGGCAGAGGUCGGCCUGCUGAGUCGAAACAUCCUCCUCCGGGGUGAGAUGCAGCCCGGCUGCUAUGGCAACGAGGCCUGCAAGUUCUUCGACUUUGACACGUUUGGUGGACACGUGAAGGUGGAGCGAGGCUUCAGGGCCGUUCACGUCUCGGGGGUCGAGCUGCUGCACAUGGGCCAGCAGACGAUGGGACACUAUCCCGUCCAUUUCCACAUGAACGGAGAAGUGGACGAGAGGGGAGGCUACGACCCGCCCACCUUCGUCAGCGAUCUGUCCAUCCACCACUCCUUCUCCCGAUGUGUGACCAUCCACUCCUCCAACGGACUGCUGGUAAAGAACGUGGUGGGCUACGACGUGCUGGGCCACUGUUUCUUCACGGAGGACGGUCCAGAGGAGAGGAACACGUUUGACCACUGUCUGGGUCUGAUGGUGCGAGCGGGGACUCUGCUGCCUUCAGACAGAGACAGCAAAAUGUGCCGGGACAUCACGGAUGGGGCUUUCCCAGGAUACGUGGCCAACCCACGCCAGGACUGCAGUGCGACUUCAACUUUCUGGAUCGCCAACCCCAAUAACAACCUCAUCAACUGUGCUGCUGCAGGCUCAGAGGAAACAGGCUUUUGGUUCAUCUUCCACCACGUGCCUACAGGUCCUUCAGAAGGCCUCUACUCUCCAGGACACACUGAGCACACACCUAUGGGCCAGUUCAUCAACAACAGAGCUCAUUCAAACUACAGGGCUGGAAUGAUGCUUGAUAAUGGAGUAAAGACCACCCAGGCUAACGACAAGGACAAGAGACCCUUCCUGUCUCUGAUUGGAGCCAGGUAUGGUCCACACCAGGACGCUGACCCCUUCAAAGCCAGAGUCCCUGCUCUCAUCCACCACUUUGUGGCCUACAAGAACCAGGACCAUGGAGCCUGGCUGAGAGGAGGGGACGUGUGGCUGGACGACUGCCAAUUUGCUGAUAAUGGCAUUGGCCUCACUCUUGCGAGCGGAGGAACGUUUCCCGACGACGACGGCUCUCGUCAGCAGGUGAAGAACUCGCUGUUCGUGGGUGAGAGUGACAACCGCGGGAUGGCCCUGACUGACAACGAGAUCUGGGGCCCCGGUGGCCCCGACCUCACCGGCAGGACCCUGCCACGCGGCGUCGAUUUCCCGAUGCGGGGCAUGCAGAUCUACGACGGCCCGAUCAUCGUGCAGAACUGUACCUUCCGUAAAUACACGGCACUGGACGGACGUCACACCAGCGCCUUUGGCUUCAGGCUCAACAACUCGUGGCAGAGCUGCCCCAACAACAACGUCUCCGACAUCACCUUCGACCACGUACCCAUCACGUCUCGGGUGUUUUUCGGGGAACCGGGUCCCUGGUUUAAUAAGAUGGAGAUGGAUGGAGACAAGACCACCAUCUUCCACGACAUCGACGGCUCCGUCAGCGAGUAUCCUGGAGCUUUCCUGGUCAAAGAGGACAACUGGCUGCUCCGUCACCCAGACUGCAUCGACGUGCCUGACUGGAAGGCUGCGAUCUGCAGUGGUCACUAUGCUCAGAUCUACGUUCAGACACGUAACCCUGCCAACCUGAACAUGUACAUGGUGAGAGACGAGUAUCCUGACCGACCCCUGAUGCUAGAGGGCGCUCUGGGCAAGAGGAAACACUACCAGCAGUUUCAGCCUGUGAUCACACUGUCCAAAGGCUACACCGUCCACUGGGACCAGGCGGCUCCUGCUGAGGUCGUCAUCUGGCUCAUUAACUUCAACAAAAACGACUGGAUCAACGUCGGCGUGUGUUUCCCUAAAAACACCAGCUUCACCGUCAUCUCUGACCUCCACAACCGUCUGACCAAACAAACACGCAAGACCGGCGUCUUCAUGAGGACAACGCAGACGGACAAGAUCAACCAUGUCCACCAGACCAGAGGAUACUACUACUGGGAGGAGGACACUGGGCUGCUGUUCCUGAAGGUGAAGGCUCAUAACGAGAAGGAGCAGUUUGCCUUCUGCUCGGUCAAAGGCUGCGAGCGAGUGAAGAUCACAGCUGUCAUCCCCAAAGGAAGUCCAGCCAGUAACUGCAUGGACGAGGCGUAUCCAAGACACGCUGAGCUGCCGGUGGUGGACGUACCCAUGCCCAGGAAGAUCCCCAACGCCAGGCUGCACUCCACCGAACAUUUCUUAGAGGUCAAGAUGGAGUCUUACAACACUCGCUUCUUCCACAUCAAGGAGGACUUUGCCUUCACCGAGGUGAACGGUAAGAAGCUGUACCAGUCAGAAGAUGGCGUUCAGCUGACGGUGAUCGACGGCCGCGACGGGAAGAUGGUGGACACCAAAGGCUUCAGGAACUCCAUCCUCCAGGGAAUCCCUGCACAGAUAGACAACUACGUCAGUGGACUGAGAGACGGCUCCGUCGUCCUCAUGACGUCUAAAGGCCGUCUGUUCACCAGAGGAUCCUGGACUAAAGUCCUGGAGAAGCUGGGAGCAGACAAAAACAUCAGACUGAAAGAUAAGUUGGCAUUCGUGGGAUUCAAGGGCUCGUUCCAUCCCGACUGGGUCCAUCUGGAGGUGGACGCUGACCGAGCCAAGAUCCAUCAGGUGCUGCCAGUUCCUGUGGUGCACAAGAUGAAACUAUGAGUGGAGCAUGGAACAGGAGAGGAAGCCAAGAAGUGACUAUGUAGCUCCCAGAUACUGAUGCACAUGCCCCGCCCCCCCC